GAACCUCCUGUACCUGGUGCUGUACGGAUAACAUUACAAGCACCAAAUAACCUUACCAUACCUUCAUAUUGUACUGGGGGAACUUAUCCUUGUGUUUUUUGGAGCGCGGAUGAAAUCCGAUAUCCUGAUGACGGUGCUGGUGUUGCAUUUUUUACCACAAGAGUAAGCUCGACAAAUUAUGCUCCACCAUCAGGUUGUGACUUUUCAAAAGCUCAAUCACCGACAGAUCGGUGUUUUUUCGAUCCAAAUUCUCCAAAUGUCCGUAGCAAUACGCUUCUACCAACAUCUUUUAUUGGUGAUAUUGAAGAUUAUACGAUGAUGAUAGAACAUUCUAUAAGAGGAAAGAUUACAUCCAUUGCAAUUCGUAAUGGUUUGUUGGAUGGUCAACUUAUGUCUCACGAUGGUCAAGUGCUUAAAACUUUUAAUAAUGCUACAAGAAUGUCUAACAAUCCUCGUGCUGAUGGUGACAUUUUCACUAUUAGAGAAAUGCUUAAUGCUGCUGGUGCAAAUUUAGAUUCUCCAUCAUCGGCUCCAGGUGCAAAUAAAACUGCGCAUGAAGAUUGCAGAACUUCCGGAAUAGUAGUCGUUAUCGUGAUUGAGUACAAAAAUAAGAAUCAAGAAAUAACCUAUAAAUAUAUACCCCAAGUGAUUGAAGGAAAUGAGUACAAAGCAGUUGAAAGGAUUUAUAACGUUACUGAUGGUUCUGUUACGUUGGUUAAUAGACAUGGUAUUCGUUUUGUAUUCCAACAACAUGGAACUAUUGGUCAAUUCGACCUUCUGACUCUCCUUACAAGUAUUGUUGGAGGUCUUGCACUUUUUUAG